GUUUGGUUUAUCCGGAAGUCAAUUUUCAUUGGCUGAUAAUUUGGAGGUAAAAUUUCGUAUAUUUUGAAAGUGGGAUUCACUGGGAGGGAACAAUGCCCAAACUUAAGAAAAAUAAGAAGAAUGCCACAAAAGUCCCCAUGGGAAUGGUGGAUGAAAAGAUUGAAAAUGUUAUUGGAAAAUUGUUUGUCACCUCCUUCACAAGAAUUCAUCAAAUUAUCAAGGAAGAUGUGGUCAAAAUGUUUGAGGAAGAAUACAAAUGGGCAGAUGAACUGCUGGAAGAAGUUAAACGAGAGUUUUCAAGCCCUGUCAGCAAGAUCAAGUUACUGCCAAAGACACCUUCUGCUAAGCGGAAGAGAGGACGGAUAAGGAAGGAAACGGUUAUUGAAGAAGCUGAAGAAAAAGAUACUUCUGAGGAUCCUACAGAAAGUGUGCCAAUUGCUUGUGAUACGGAUGCUAACAUUCUUGCUUAUGAAACACCCCCACAGCGUGCCUACCGUACCAGAGCGGCGUCGAGGACAGCUCAAACAAAGAGAGUAACACGCAACACUGCAGCAAAGAAGCAGGCCAAAUAUUCAGAGAGUGAAGACCUGAUCAAUGAAGUACAGUCCUCAGAAGAUAAGAAAACACCUGUUCUAAACUUCAACAGUUCAACCAAAUGUGAUAACUUAACACCUAAUAUACUUUUAAAAGGAGGGACUUCUAAAUCUCAGAAUUCUGAGUCACAUGUUUUUAGCCCUCCAGUAGGAAAACCGGGUAAAGGUCAUGUUAAAAACAAAGUUCAUGCAUAUGAAGAAUACAUAGAGCAAAACAGCCCAUCUUUAAGACAUGGACAAGCUGUGAACCAGAGUUCUGUGCCAGAAACACCGGAACAAACCGAAACUAUGUCCAACUCCGAAGAAACUUGUCUUGAGACACCAGAAGCAGUUUCUCUUGGUAAAAGGUUGAGUGUACAUAAACCCCUGAUGUCAACAUCUGCCAGUAGAAAGAGUUUACUGAAGAGUAGUAAAAUACACAUGAACCCAAAACUUCUACAUACAGCGGAAAAUAAAGAGACUCCAGGAAAAAAGAACAAACUGAAGCUUAAGAAAAAGACCCAAAAAGAUAAACAGGAUGAUGAAGGAACAAGCCACAGUGAGAAAGAUACUGUAGAGUCUUUAGCCCAUGAGAAUUCUAAUGAAAGAAAACUAGAGUCAGAGAAAGAAAAUUCAGCAGUGAAUUGUGUAGAGUCAGUUCAGACUGCUAUGAACACUGACAAUGAACCAGAAAAUCAAGUGGAGAGUAAACAUGAACAAGAAAUGAAAGAAAGUAUACAUGAGCAGGUUCAGGUAGAUGAACCAAUGGAAUCGAGGGAAGUUAUUCAAGAACCUAACGAAAAGGAGAAUGAACAAUUGGCAGGUGAGGAAGAGGAUGUCUCAAUGCACAGCACUGCAGAGGAACCUUUAUCUAGUUCACAUCAGGAGUCUGAGAAAGUCGGAGAAGAAAAAGGUGAUCAAGAAGAGGAUAUAUGUAUGGAAGAGUGUGAAAAUGUCCCAUCUGUAGAUAUUAAAGAGAGUGAGAGUACCAAAGACCAACAACAGGUUGUGGAAAAUGUAGAAAACAAAGAGAGUGAAAGGAAGAAUUUAUCCUCGGAUGCAAAUGGAGGAGAGUCUGACGAUGAUGAGGUGAUGUUGCUUUCCAAGGACGAGGAAUGUAAAACGUCUGCUGAGUCUAAACAGAAGACAGAUUCCGUCACUCAGGCUGACGACGAGAGCGAGGAGACAGAGGAGGAGAAACAGCCUCCCCGAGCCAGCAAGCGCACCAAGCAAAGAAAUCAACCCAAAACUCAAGUCAAGUCCGAGUCCGAUAGUGAAACUGAUACUCUUCCUCCAAAAAGGACAAGAACGAAAACCAGGAAAGUUUUGGAGAACGAGAGCAUGGAAGUUGCCAAGCCUGUCAGGCAGAGCACAAGGACUAAGCAGAGGAAGCAGGAUGGAGCCUCUGUGUCAUCUGCUGCGGGGUCAGACACGACCAGUGAGGUCGACUCGGGUCAUGGGAGUCUGACCAGUGGCUCGAGGACCACUAGGUCCAAGAUGAGGAAACCUAAAGAAAGCUCAGUCAACUCUGAUGCUGAUGCUCAUUUUGCUGUCCCAGAAAAUCCUGCUCCCAGGGCAAGAACGACCUCAAGAAAGAGAACUCUUGACACUGAUGGUGAAGAUGAAAUAAAUUCAUCUCUAUCGAAAAAAACUAAGAGGGAAAGUGGCGAGUCUUCUGAGGUUACAUCUGAUGCAAAGAGCAGAAGUGCCAGAAAAGGUACAGACACAGAUGAUGAAAGAAGCAGUCAGAGUGAAGAUGAAACUCCUGAUACAGUCCGAGCGCAGGCAAAGAUUGUGAAACCAGUGUCUUUCCUAAACAACUUAAACAAUAAGGUGGUGCGACCAGCUGGACUGAAUUUCAGUGGAGUGAAGUCCUUCCUGCAUCAGAAUACCCCACCUAACAAACUCACUGUCAAGGAACAGCAAGAACAAAGGAAGAGAGAACUAGAGGAGAAGAAAAAGAAAGAGGCUGAGAGGUUACAAAAGAGAGAACUAGAGAAGAAGAAAAAGAUAGAGGAACUCCGAAAGAAGCGGGAGGAGAGGAUGAGGAGAGUGAACGAGAGAAGAGAGCAGGCCAAUCGGGAGGAGAUGGAGUCUAAAAAUAGAAUCAUGAAGACAUUGGAGGAGAAGAGUAAGCAGGCUGAUGAUCUGAAAGAGGAGAAAAUGAAGGAGGAGCAGGAGAGACAGAAAAUGAGGUUGAAAAAGCAGGAAGAAGCAGAAGAAAGAAGGAGACAAGAAGAGGAAGAGAGAGCUAGAAAACUCAAGGAACAGGAGGAGAUGGAACAGAGGAAUAUAGAGUUUAUGCAGAGGAAGAAGGAGCAUGAGGAGCAGGAGAGGCUGAGGAAGAAGGCAGAGGAGAGGAGGAAAUUCGAGGAGAGAAUGGCUGAGUUUGAGCGGGAGAGGAUCGCAGAGCAUGAGAGACUGAAGAAGAUUGAGGAGGAGAAAAUCAGGGAGAGACAGAAACUUAGGGAAGAAAGAGAGAGGCAGUUGGCAAAAGAAAGAGCUGAAAGGGAUCGUCUGGAUACAGAAAAAAGAAAACAAAAGGAACUGGAGUUGAAACAGAAAAUGGAAAAGAUCAAAGAAUUGGAGAAGAAGCGGUUAAUAGAAGAAGAAAAGCGUAGACAGGAACUAAAGGAACGGGAGAGGGCAAUCAAUGCCAUUGUAAAUAAACACAACAUGUAUGCCCAGAGUGUCCCAGUUACCAGUGUCAUCUCGGGAAUGCCGAAACCCAACCUGAACUCCACGCUGACUGUCGAACAGCCAAUCAAUAGCCAGGAGAAAAUGCCAAAUCCCGACUCGUAUGAAAUGACACCUGCUAAGAAAUUUCUCCCACAGAAGGUCUCCUUGGAGAGCUAUGACAUUUCUGAUCUUCGAUCUGACGACUCCACCGAUGAAGAUGAUGCUCCCAGAAAAAGGGUGCCAAACUGGGCCCUAGGGGCAUCUUUGAAGGCAGCUUUGAUUCAACAGCAUUACCAUCCCCCUGAUUUGAAUCUGCUUUUCACAGAAAUCGUGCCACCAGAUCUCAAUGAGUUGUUUGUCAAGAAGAAGGCUAGGUUUAACAAGAGAACAAGUUCUGCAAUUUGGACAUCACCUAUUCUGAAACCGGGCAUGAAUCAUUGAUAUUGUAAUCUUGUUUAAGUGACAUUUCAGUCAAGAAUAAUGCACCAGUGCUUGCAUUUCUCAAAUGCAGAUGGACUUUGAUGAAGAUUUUCAUUUUCUGUGACAUUUUGUGCCAAUGAGCAAUUAUUUUUUUUAAUUUAUCAGUUUUUGAAGAUGACAGAAUAUGAAGAAUGAUUGAGUGUAACAUUGUGGAGCAUGUUUUUAUUUCCCCUUGAUAUAUGUAAGCGUACAUGGUAUUUAGCAGUUUUGUUGAUGUACACUGGUUAUGAUAUUGCUAAAGUGAGAGUGAUUUUAUUUUAUUUUUUUCAUAAGAGAGUUUGCAUGUAAUGGUGGUUUUAAUUGAGUUUUCUACGUAAUUUGUCUCUUCAGGUCUAAGUAUAUAAAAUUCAUUUCACAUAAAACUGUACAUAUGGUAGUCAUCGAGAAGAUGAAGAACAAAAAUGUGUAUAGUCAUUUGAAGGGUUUUUUGUUCAGUUACCCAGAAAAAUAAAGAUGAAUAAGUUGCAAAAUUACACAAUAAAUUUUCCUGGUAGUUCUUAUUCACAAACUUUCAAUCUUCCUCCCUCCCUCUCUCUCACAUUCUUUCAAAGCUAAUCAAAAUUGGAGAAAUUAACCAUUGUAUAAUAGAAUUUCAGGUCUCAUUCCAUAAUUUCAUUCACUUCAAAGGAUUACUUGUAGAUAUUUCCAUAUGAGCGAGUUGGUUUAUUUUUUCUCCAUAGCAUGUUUUGUUUCAUUUCUCCGGAAAAUUUGAAAUGUUUGAAUAUUGGUGACAUUUGCAAAAAAUGAAAAUGUUAUCACUGAUUUGAGCCUGUAUGAAGGAAAUGCAUGAUUAAUUAAGAAUGAAGUAAAUAUUUAAUGAUGACAUAAUAUCAGUAAUUUUUAUGUACCAUGGACAUUUCUAUUAAAUAUGAUAAUAAAUUUUGUUUUUGUGA